ACGCCACAGAUACCUAAAUAAGUUUGGUGUGACGCCAGAGCCGGCUUUGGGCAUACAGGAGGAUGUUGGAUGCAGGGUCCCUACUGUGAAGAAGCUCCCCAUAGAAGCUUUGCUAAUAUCUAUCGGUCUAGUGGUCUAGUGAAGCGCCGAGUCACUUGUGAGCAUCGCCUUGGAGCUCCUGGGGAUUUCUCAUUAUUCCAGGAGAUUCCAGGCGCACGCCUCCCUCCCCACGUCCCUGGUGAACUAAUGAGCGAAGCUCUGCACAAGAGCACAGCGCUUGAAGGACGGCAGGAAGAUAUGACCUGGAACCAGCUCUAAGGUAGCUGCGUCAGCUUCCCCAGGAGCUCUCAGAGCAGCAUUGCUGGAACCAGCAGUAGAGCCAUUUCAACAAAUCACCUCUUUUAAUGCUCUUUGGCAGAGAUCAAAUCUACACGUUGUACAAUGGUAGAUGGAGUGAUGAUUCUUCCUGUGCUAAUGAUGAUGGCUUUCCCUUCCCCAAGUAUGGAAGAUGAGAAGCCCAAGGUGAACACCAAACUGUACAUGUGUGUGUGUGAAGGCCUCUCCUGUGGGAACGAGGACCACUGUGAAGGCCAGCAGUGCUUCUCCUCACUGAGCAUAAACGAUGGCUUCCACGUCUACCAGAAAGGCUGCUUCCAGGUCUAUGAGCAGGGGAAGAUGACCUGUAAGACCCCGCCAUCGCCUGGCCAGGCCGUGGAGUGCUGCCAGGGGGACUGGUGCAACAGGAACAUCACGGCCCAGCUGCCCACUAAAGGGAAAUCCUUUUCUGGAACACAGAAUUUUCACUUGGAGGUCGGCCUCAUCAUUCUGUCCGUAGUGUUCGCAGUAUGCCUUCUAGCUUGCCUACUGGGAGUUGCUCUCCGAAAAUUUAAAAGGCGCAACCAAGAACGCCUCAAUCCCAGAGAUGUGGAGUACGGCACCAUCGAAGGGCUCAUCACCACCAAUGUUGGAGACAGCACUUUAGCAGAUUUACUGGAUCACUCGUGUACGUCGGGAAGCGGCUCUGGCCUUCCUUUUCUGGUGCAGAGAACAGUGGCUCGUCAGAUCACACUGUUGGAGUGUGUCGGGAAAGGCAGGUAUGGUGAGGUGUGGAGGGGCAGCUGGCAAGGGGAGAAUGUUGCUGUGAAGAUCUUCUCCUCCCGGGAUGAGAAGUCGUGGUUCAGGGAAACAGAAUUGUACAACACUGUGAUGCUGAGGCAUGAAAAUAUUUUAGGUUUCAUUGCUUCAGACAUGACAUCAAGACACUCCAGUACCCAGUUGUGGUUGAUCACACAUUACCAUGAAAUGGGAUCAUUGUAUGACUAUCUCCAGCUUACUACUCUGGAUACGGUUAGCUGCCUGCGAAUAGUGCUGUCCAUUGCUAGUGGUCUCGCACAUUUGCACAUAGAGAUAUUUGGGACCCAAGGGAAACCAGCCAUUGCUCAUCGAGAUUUGAAAAGCAAAAACAUCCUGGUGAAGAAGAAUGGACAGUGUUGCAUAGCAGAUUUGGCUCCUGAGUCCGUUGUAAAAACUGAUGGCCAGAUAGUGCUCCUGGAGCACUGGGAUCCUCAAGUGGACCAUGAAUAUAAAACUGCAUUGCAUUUAGGCCCCAGCUAUGCCGAUGCUGCUGGAUCCGGGACUGUACUCUUGAGAUCUCGUGUUAAAGUGGAAUGCAGUAAAUCAGUUGCCCCAGGAUGCCGUCGGAUCCUGUCCGAGCAGAUGUCCGUGCCUUGUCCUGAUACUUUAGUGUCCAUGUGUGCAGGUAUUGUGGAAGAUUACAAGCCACCAUUCUAUGAUGUGGUUCCCAAUGACCCAAGUUUUGAAGAUAUGAGGAAGGUGGUCUGUGUGGAUCAACAGAGGCCAAACAUACCCAACAGAUGGUUCUCAGACCCGACAUUAACUUCUCUGGCCAAGCUGAUGAAAGAAUGCUGGUAUCAAAAUCCGUCUGCAAGACUCACAGCUCUGCGUAUCAAAAAGACUUUGACCAAAAUUGAUAAUUCCCUAGACAAAUUGAAAACUGACUGUUGACAUUUUCAUGGUGUCAAGAAGGAAGAUUUGACGUUGUCGUCAUUGUCCAGCUGGGACCUAAUGCUGGCCUGACUGGUUGUCAGACAGAAUCCAUCUGUCUCCCUCCCCAGAUGGCUGCUUCAACAAGGCAGACAUCUCACCCAGCCACGUGUUGGGGAGACACCAAAACCACCCUAACCUCGCUCAAUGACUGUGAACUGGGCAUUUCACAACUGUUCACACUGCAGAGACUGAUGUUGGACAGACACUGUUGCAAAGGUAGGGAACUGGAGGAACACAGAGAAAUCCUAAGAGAGAUCUGGGCAUUAAGACAGUGGCUUUGCAUAUCUUUCACAAGUCUCCUAGACACUCCCCACGGGAAAUUCAAGGAGGUGGUGAAUUUUUAAUCAGCAAUAUUGCCUGUGCUUCUCUUCUUUAUUGCACUAGGAAUUCUUUGCAUUCCUUACUUGCACUGUUACUCUUAAUUUUAAAGACCCAACUUGCCAAAACAUUGGCUGCAUACUCCAUUGGUCUGUCUUUGGAUAAUAGGAAUUCAAUUUGGCAAAACAAAAUGUAAUGUCAGACUUUGCUGCAUUUUACACAUGUGCUGAUGUUUACAAUGAUGCUGAACAUUAGGAAUUGUUUAUACACAACUUUGCAAAUUAUUUAUUACUUGUGCACAUAGCAGUUUUUACAAAACUGCUCUGUGCAUAUGUUAAAGCUUAUUUUUAUGUGGUCUUAUGAUUUUAUUACCGAAAUGUUUUUAACACUAUACUCUGAAAUGGACAUUUUCUUUUAUCCUCAGUUAAAUUCACAUUUUAAGUGCUUCACAUUUGUAUGUGUGUAGACUGUAACUUUUUUUCAGUUCAUAUGCAGAACGUAUUUAGCCAUUACCCAUGUGACACCACUGAAUAUAUUACUGAUUUAGAAGCAAAGAUUUCAGUAGAAUUUUAGUCCUGAACGCUGUGGGGAAAAUGCAUUUUCUUCGGAAUUAUCCAUUAUGUGCAUUUAAACUCUGCCAGAAAAAAAAAUAACUAUUUUGUUUUAAUCUACUUUUUGUAUUUAGUAGUUAUUUGUAUAAAUUAAAUAAAAUGUUUUCAAGUCAA